AUGGAUGCCGUGGGCGUCGAGCAGAGGACUUUGACCGCUCAGAUUAUCCUCAGGCCGCCCGAGACUGCCGCUCCAUCACCGAUCUCAGAAUCAGCCCAGCCGCGCCAUCUAUUCGAGCUGUUCUCGGGCCAACUGCCCUUGUCCUGCCAAUGGUUCCAACGAUUCUACUCACGCCCACUCUCACUCCAUCAGUUCAGCUCAGCCAUCAGCCAUAGCGACCACAUCAGGGCCUCAAACUGCUUGCUCUCAACCACCAACGGACAGCUCAUCAACCUGCGCUCGAUCACUCGCUCUAGUCACCACCACCAUCAGCAAUCCACGCACGCCUUGAUCAAUCUCAAACACCCCAAUCAAUCAGCCUCCUCAAUCGCCACAUCCAAACCAAUCAACCCUUCCCGCUCAAGCCUCUCCCCUUCAUUCCAAGCCCCUGACACUCAGCAACUACGCCCACUCAAACCGGCAGCUGCCUCCAUUUACUCAAACUCAUCCAGAUCCUCUUCAACCUCGUCAAUCCAUUCUCAUUCGAUCAAAGCCUCCCCAACAGUCUCGAUCUCUAUCCUUAACAACUCCAUCCCGACUGAAAUCACCAGCCCACACGUUCACAACACACUUCUGCCUUCUCCUACACUCUCAAAUCCACACCCUAGUCGAUCAUCUCCCUUCACCUUCUCUUCCUCCACACUUGUCAAUCCUUCGCCAUAUCCUGACCCAAUCAUCUCCAUCAUCACCGCCCAUAUACAUCAAAGCACUCUUCGUCCCUCCGUCGAACAAUCGCCUUCUCAUGCUUCCUCUCUUCCCAGUCAUGUCCAUAUGCACAACCCUCGAGAUCCUUCCAGUACAGUAAUAUUCACCCUGUCCAGGUUUGGGAAGUGUUCAAAACUAUCGCCACUUGACGGUCACAUAAUUCAUUCACUCGAUUUAUGCCAAUCCAAUGGACUCAUUCAGUUUGAUGACUGGGUAUUUUUAACGCCUCAAGAAGAACCCUUCAUGAGCGAUGACGACGAGAACAUCCAAACUCCAGCAGGUCCAUUGAUCCUAUGCGUAUCAUCAGAAACUCAACCUGUCGUACUAAAUUCAGCCGACUUCAAGCUCCUUGCAUCUAAGUAUUCAAGCUGCUCAACCGAGAAACACGAGAGAUUUUACAAGAACAAGAUCUGGAAACAGUCCAGAGCUGAUGCCAACAAAUGGAAAAUCAACUUGCUUAGUUUGAGCUGGUCUAAAGAAAUAUGGUCCCGGGAGUGGAACGUUUUCGAAGAUGACGAAGGUUCAUCCAGUUGGACCAUUCAAGAAUCGCAAGAGCCGAUCCUGGUGAAAGCUUUUGGGGACGAAUUAGACCUUGGCGAAGAACGACAAGUUGAGAUUGUGGUCAAUCAAGAUCAGUUCGCAGUUUGGUCCGCUGAUCGCUUCUGGGUUUUCCAAAGAUCAUCUUCAUCCAACUCUAAGGAGAAGGAUGGUGAACUUCGAUCCUCGCCGUUGGAGGCUAGUUCGCAAAUCCCGUGUGAAGAUGACUUGAUUGUCAGCCUGUCCUUUCUGGGCUCAUUUGGCAUUCUCAUCGUCUCCAGGAAACACGUCAAACUAUUCCGGUCUGCUGGAUCAGAGUACUCGCUCAACGGCUGGUCAGAGUGGAAAGUUAGACCGAUGGAUGCAGUCCGCUUCACGCUAGACAGCCCCCAUCAGUUCGAGUUUGCGAUCAACAAUUCAAUCGUACCUUUAUCUAUUGACGUCCACACCGAUCUGAUCAAAACUAUCAACCUCCUGACCGUCGAUCUUGACUUCUCAACUGGUCAAAGGAGAUUAUCUGAACUUUCUUUCUCCACUGAAGCCUCAAAUGUUUCAAGUGACAAUGCCGAAUCAAGUCUAGAGGAAGACAACCCGGCGCAUGCGUCUCCAGCUAAUCCACCCGUUUCUCCUCAUCGACGGGACCUCUACCUCUCCGCGCCGACCACUCGACCUAAUGAACUUCCGUCAAUCUGCUUGACAUGUUCGAUCUGGCUGGAAGAUGAUCAUCGCCCAACGAUCUUGGUAGGCGACUCCGAGGGACAGAUAUCGGUCUAUACCUUGAACACACUAUCCCAUCCUCACCCCUUACCCGAAUCUAGCUGGAAGUUGGAGCGUCUAGUCGAAGAAGAACGGCUUGCGGGCCCGAUCUCGGCCCUAUAUGCUGAUCAGCAAUGGGUCCUGGCCGGCGGAGUUUCGGGCGACGUGGGAGUCUGGGCACGGAACAUUAGACAGCCUGUAUCUUCUGAGGUUACUGAUUCCAAGAAUGAGUUGAGACUGGUCGAUCGGAUGAUGAUGGGGCCAGUGCCAGUAGAAAGCUUUGGUCGAUUGUCUGAUGUAGAACUUGUCCCUGAACCAGAUGCGCAAUCUAGCAGACUGCCUCGCUUCGUCUCGGUGAUGAUGGAUGGAUCUGCGGUAGUUUUCAACCUGAAUGAAGAAGGAAUGAUCGAAGUCAUGGGUCAACUAGGCCCGCCAGAUGCAAGUUUGGGGAUCAGUGAUAUGUGGUCAAACGGACCAGAAAUCAUCAUCUUUUAUCGUGAACAAGAGCUCGGUGCCCAGCGUUGGUUGUGCAGCGACAGUCUUUGGGCUUGCUUAGAACGCCAAGAAGCUAAGACGAUGAUCGAGUUUGAGAACGGACAACCGCUGGCCCACCAAUGGAUUCGAGUCGGAUUAUCAAACUGUCGCGCGUAUACCACCACCCCGAACCCAUCAGCAGGCUCGAACGCCAGUGCCAGUCGCGUGGUUCAUCUUUCAGGAAUAGCAGCCAGUAUCCUUUCGGUUAGGAUGAGGGACUUUGUAGAAGCGAUUGGCCUGCAGGACGGUGCUGAAUUGGUCGGCAGGUUAUCCAUCGUCCGUUUGAUGGUCUCUCAGCUACUACCUUGGGGCCUGGAUCCCGCUCUAGAUGACGCCGCCGAGCACGGGCUGGGUAUUAGACGACUAUCAGAUGAAGAACGCUGCGAGAUUCUUCAGGUCAUCAAUGGGGAUCGAGAUGAGCGAUCAGGACUGGCGCUCUAUCGGGCCAACGGACAAGAAAACCUGAGUAGCGAGCACGCCAACACCUACCGACUCUUGAAUCUGGUGGUUUUGUUGCGCGUGUUUCUGAACGAAGCCCGCUACGAACGACAUGCCAGUGAGGCGAUCGUCGGCCUGGCGAAGCUGGCGAGUAAGUCGACGAGUAUAUCAGAUGAUUCUACGACGGCUUGGUUGGACUUGCGCAUUUUAGUGCGGUAUUGGCUCGACCCGUCGACCGAAGUCCGGGAGGCUGCUCGGCUGCUCUUCGGCGUGAGAUUGGGCUCGAUGUCGAACGAGGAGAUCGAAGGACUCGUGGCCAGCUGGCAGGAGCUUCUACCGAUCCAGGAAAUCACUCCCCAGACCAAGCGCGAGAAGGAUUGGACAUUUGGUCGAAAGACCGGUUCUACGAUCCACAAAGAUCUCUUAAUAAAAGAUGCGAGUCACUCCAGUGCCGUAGACACGCAGAGGGAGGCCGACAAGCAGCUGGACGCACUCUUACUAAUAGGCUUGAUUGUCUCGGAACGGUACAAAGUCUUGUCGAGCAAAGUGCUCAAGGAUUUCUCGAUCGCGGUCUUCCAGACGAUCAGUCCGACGGGCCAGCGAAGCGACCGGUUGAGUCAGACCCGUAUCGAGAUGCUACGAGCCGGCUUCGAGGUCUGUUCGAAGACGUUCGAGAUCAUCCAGAACUACAUCGACGCUAUCGAGCUCGUCCGCAACCUCUUCGGUUGGGCUACCGCUAAGGACGGCGACCUCGCUCCAGACUUGAAAGGUGUUGCCAAAUACGCUUGUCUGCAUGUUGCUAGCGUCAAUACGCCGCUCUUCAUGACCACCUUGUCAUACGAUCUCAGUAUCAGCCAGAACCCCGUCGAUCGCAUUUCGACUAUGAAGCUGGUCGUUUUUAUGGUCAGAAAAAGACCAUUGGUAUUACAUACAUCCUUGCCCCGAUUAUUAGAGGCGGUAGUCAAGUCACUAGACCCAACUCAAAAGCAGAUGAGGGCGCAAACACAGACGGGAGCGACGGUGAUCUUGCACGAACUCGUCAAGACCUAUCCGAGCAUCACGUUCCAUGGACGCUCACAGAAGCUGGCGAUUGGGACGCCGGAGGGCGCGAUUGUGAUCUACGACCUCAAGACGGGGACGAAGAUGGACAUCCUGGAGUCCUUCCGAACGCCUGUCGUCGCCGCUAGUUUCUCCGGGGACGGCCAACGGCUCGUCGCCGUCUCCCUCGACGAGAACCGGAUCGAGAUCUGGAAAUUUGCCGGCUCGCCCUUCGCCAUCGGCUCCUUCUUCAACUUUGCCUCCUCCUCCCCUUCCACAUCCGCCGCUCCUUCCAACUCUUUCCUGCCUCGUUUUCCUGCGAAUUCGGCGACUGGAAAUCCCGAUCAUAACAAACUGCCGCACCACGGCUCGAGUAAACCUUUCAAAAGCUUGUCUUUCAACGUCGGUGAAGAGGCUCUCAUGAGUAUCGCUGGAACUUUGGAGAAGAAGUUCAAGGUCAGAGUCCCUCUCGAACACACGCCAGACUACCGGCUCUCUCAGGACGAAUCCCGGACGAGAUCCCGCUGGACGCGAACACCGCUGGAGCUGGCUGCCUACCAGCUCUGCGUGUACGACAGCCCAGCCCCAGUCGACCCCCGCGGAGUCUACACGAGCAGGGAAGAAUGGUCUGACAAACCCCAGAACAACCAGCUGCCCGAUUCGAUCGAUGUCUAUUUACCCGGAAGAGAGGUAUGGGACGAGUUUCGAAUCGAGAUCCUAUCUGACAAGCUCACCGAGCUUGGCUAUCCAACCAAGAUCCAGCCAAGCAGCCCAUCCAAGCCUGCCAGAGAUCAUCAGGAGGAGGGAGACGAAGACGAAGAAGAGCAAGAAUGGCUCGUCCGCCUCGAUCUGCGUGAACGUCUCCAAGCAUUUCUGCAUGAGAACCCUCAACCACCCUUCCACAUCCCCCCCAUUGCCGGCCCCCUGACCCCCACCGAGAUACCCAAAGAUCUCUCGAGCGCUAUCCCUCCUCCCCCGCAGACCCCCCUCCUGCCCGCCCUGCCCUCUCUCAAGCCGACCGCUGCCGAGUUCAAGCCCAGCCUCCCUCAUCCAUUCUCUUCCAUCUGGGGCCCACCCCUCCCCGCCUCCCAGCUCCCUCCAACCCUCUCCCUCUUCCAGCCGGCUGCUUUGUCCAACUCACAUCCUCCGAUGGCCCCAUCAAGUCCUGCUCUAAACGUCGUCGCAGAGGAUAACGAGAAUGAGAUAGUGACCGAUAGCGAUCAGGAGAACGAUCCUGACUUGGAUCAAACUGAUAACGACUUGGAACUUCCAAUCAGCCUCGGUGAUCACCCGUUGGAUGCACAUGAAGAGGAUGACGAUAUUCCUUUGGCCAAGCUUCAGCACAGUUUGCAACGUCAUCUCAACAAUCCUACCCGCCAGCCACUUCCGAGAUGCUUUGUCUCGGCGAGUAACACCGAUCGCGGGGAAUCAGCCUACGACGGAGACUCAGAUCGACGGAGCGACUGUACGAACCCAAGCGACGAGGAUGAGGCCCACCUCCACCAUCAACAUCCAACCUUGUCACUCACCGGCACACCACAAAUCGAUCGGAUCAGCAGCCAGUCCUCUUCGCUCUCAUCCCCUCACACUCGACUCGGCCGCUCGCACACCUUCGGCUUCAGUCGUCUCAGCAGCACCCGAAAGAGUAUGUCGGCUGGCGAGGGCCAUCCACACAACUGGAUCAACGGAUUCGAGGACGAGGAGGAAGAUAUCGUCUCCAAUCCAAGUGAUGAGGAAGAGGCCGAGCUGCAUCAACUCCAACGGUCCUCCUUAGCCGAAAUCACCAGUCCGAUCAACCAAUCCGCCAUCAAAAGCAGUACGCCCACAAGUCGAUUCUUAUUGAGCACCGCCGGCAGCCCCGACCAAGCCACUAACCUGGCUAUCACUGUCGGCCGGGCCACGGGCAGUGUCAUGUCUGUCGGCCUCUUCGAAUCCUCCUCAUCCGCCAGUCAUUCAGCUCCCAAGCCAGGAAGUACGAGCGGUCUGAAUGCCUUUGCGGCCGAGUUCAAACCCAGCUUCGGUUCAUCAACUCCGAUGAUCCGCAACCCGUCGUUCACAUUCUCAGACCAUCCCGAAGGCUCUCGGCCAAAAUCUCCGGUCCUCCAAGUGAAAGCCACCCAAGCAGAACUUCCCUCCAGCCUCACCGAGAAUGUCUCGAAUCCGGUUGUGAUUGCAAGUACAGCACCUGACGGGAUGCCCUCGGUCAUCCUCUUCGAGCAUCCUGUCUCGUCGGCCCCAUUCCAAGUGUCAAACUCACUCGCCAGUCUCCCGGUACUCAAAGAGAUCCACCCAGCUUCAACACCUCCCUAUCCUCCCACCACCACCCAUCAACCAUCCGAACAGCCGGGCAAAGACAAUAUGCGUUCUUUCAAGUUUCCAGCCACACCGACACCUCGGAUGGUUCUCUACCAAGCUCGCAUGUCUCGUUCAACUUCCUCCUCUGCUGCCGUAUCGCCCAUCCUGGCACCUGCGCAGGCCGUCAACAUCAAACAAUCAUCAAGCUCGUUGUCCCCUGGAGCUGCGCCUCAAGACCCGCACAAUGGCUCGGAUCCUACCAACACCUCAGGAUUCUCUUCUCAGAAAACCUAUCCCAGCCUGGUAAUCAACUUGCCCGUCAGUCCAGCCCCCAGCGGAUCUGGUGGCUCUGGCCAUUCGGUUGUACUCCGCCAGCGAUCUUCAUUUGAUGAUGACUCCGGAUCCGAUCUUUCACCCUCGGCCACCCGCACUAUGACCGACGAAAAUCCUGGAUCUUCUUCCUUUUACAUUCCUACCCAACCCCGAUCGAAGUCUCCUAGCGCAAGAGAAGAGGAUGAGGAAGAUGAAGACGAAGACGAAGACGACGAUGAUGAACUCGAACGACGAUCGCACAACUCGCUGGUGUCAUUAAGGCAGCUUCAAGAGCAGAAAAAACAAUGGGAAAAAUUGUCGUCCACUGGAGUUAGCCGGGUCGGAAACAGUGAUUAUGAUGAUGAGGAUCGAGACUCAUUCGGAUCCAAUCGAGACAAUCCAUCCACCGAGUCGAUCCGAGUCUUGUUGGACGUUAGUUGUGCCCGCAAGAGAGAGAGCAAACCGCCUCAAGUGAAUGUACCCCCCGGUUCACCAUUCUCACCGUUUGAAGGCUCAUUUGAAGACGAGCCACCUACCUUGAGACUCCCUCCGCCCAGUCCUCACGCCAUCUUAUCGCCCUCCCUCCCACGACUCUUGGCAUUCAAACCCAGUAAAAACAACCUUGCUCAGAACUUCAAAACCAACGCUACCAGUCCUCAGAAGCCCCAAAAUCGGGCCCGGCAGGAGGACGAACUCGAGGGUGUACCUGAGAUUUCAAUCCGGAAUCGUCACCUUACUUCCCCCGCCACUCGCUGGUUUGCUGGAUUGGAGGAUGGCGAGAGCUCGGCUAAGGUCAAACUAGAGAUCUCUACAGCCGAGGACGACACCCUAUGCAGUUCUAAAAAGAUAGACCAGGAAGAUGAUGACGAUGAGGAGGAGGAUCGGGAUUCCAGUAGCGGUGACUCAUCGUCGAAUUGCUCAUUUGUAGUCGAAAGCGACGGAAGACGUUAUCGAGCCGAAGCAGGCGACGGGAUGAAAUCGAGCCAUGCGAACAACCACCACCGGCAACUGUUCAUGUCCGAUUUGGAAAGAUUGUUGACUCGAAAACUGAAAGGGUUAAGGCAAGACCUUGGAGAGCUGCAUAGCUUGAAGGUGGAUUGGGAUUCGUUGAAACGGGAUGCCAUCUUGGACGAGAUCAACGUCCGGAUGGACAACAUCCUGAAUAGCUGGCUUGGUGGAUCAGGCAAAGAGAAGAUUGGCGGGUCCAUGCUCUCCGACCAGAAAGCCGAUCUCAUGGUCGCCGCGAUCGAUCGAUGGGGCUCACAAACUGAGGAGAAACUGAUUUCUGCGAUCAAAAACCUCCCGUCUCCAGGGAGCUCAUCAGCCGAUCCCGAAGUGACUCAAAAGAUUCAAUCAGCGCUCGAGCUCCUCAACUCGCAAUUGGCUAAGCCCUCUCUUGGAUUGGAUCUGGACGAACUAACGAGCAAGCUCUCUGAGGCUGUCAAGCCACAGAUCGGCCAACUGAUCGACCUCGCAUCGGACAAAUCCGAAACAGCCGAGCUGAUCCUCAAGCAACUCAUGCCAUGUUUCACUCAACUCAAUGGCGAAUUGGCGUCGAUGAUCAAAUCCUUCUCAAUGGAGAUGGCCAAUUAUCAGUCCGAGAAACAAGGGGCCGACAAGGACUCCGAAUUCUGGAAAGGUCUCGAGGAGCGAUUGAUGAGCACCCAGAUCGAGUCGCAGAAGAACAUAUUGGAGCAGCUCGAGAAGCAGUCGACCACGAGUAGCCUACAGGAGAUCAAGAGAAGCUCGGAUGAGACGCUUGAGACGGUACUUGGAUUGGAAACUAAGAGCUCGAAGAUGUAUGAGGACCUCAGUAACCAAAUUGACCGAGUUGGCCAAGAACUCAGUGGAGACUUGAAGAUUGAAAUCGAGAAGAUGCUCGAUCGACGGAAGGAGACGGACGAGUUGAUCGACCAGCUCCGAGCCAAGAAUACCGAGCUGGAGACGAGUGUGAUUAAGGCUCGGGCCGAGCACGGCAAGAUCCGCUCCGAGAGGGCCGUCGAACGCGAGCGCCAACAGGAAGAUAAUGUUCGCUUGGCCGCCGAAAGGGAUCGUCUCAAGGACACCGCUGACGCCCUUCGCCUGCAGCAUGAGAGCCUCGGCCGCGAGAAAACGGAGAUCGAGAAUCAGAAGAUCACCCUCGUGGCUAAUCUCGAUCAGUCGAAACUGCUCGUCGAUCAAUUGAAGGCAAGCUUGGAUAGUUACAAGACCCGAGAAUCACAAUGGGAGACCGAGCAAGCUGAGCAGAAAGAGAAGAUGCGCAAUUUGGAGAUGGCGAAUCGACUACACGAAUCUGAGAUCUCGACGCUGAAGAGAGAGAUGACGAUGAAGGAGAAGUUUUACGAGAGUCACUCGGAGUCGAACGAGCGAGAGAUCAGGAAUUUGAAGGAGAGAGAGAUCGAGAUGGCUGCGCAGAUCAAGGGCUUGAUCGAGGAUAAGAUCCCGUUGAUCAAGAACUUCGAUCAGGAGAUUCGCGAUCUUGUUAGACUCAAGUCUGAGGCUGAUGGCGAAAUUCGGACGUUGAAGAAACGGAUCAGUGAUCAGGAUGAGCAAAUCGGAAACUUGCAUCAGAGUUCGGCAUCUAAACAACAAGCAUUAGCGAUGGCCAACCAAAAACUAUCAGAACUAGAGAGACGAGGGAAGCAAGAGAGUGAAGGGGUGAAAGCGGAGCUGGAGAAGAUGAAGGUCGAGCUGAGUCGAGUGAGUGUUGAGUCGGAAGCAAAGCAGCAGACGCUUGAGGAAGACAAGAGGAGGAUGGAGGGUGAGAUGGAGCGGAUGCGGGCGGAGGCCGGGCUGGUAAAGGAGGAAGUCGAGGCGGUCUACCAGACGAUCUCGGUCGAGUUGAAGGACUCUCUGCAGCGCCAGGCCGAGCUCGAGGCCGAGCUGACGGCGUCCAAGGACGUCGCCCAGCUGCUCAAGAACCAGCUCGCCGAUCUCCGGGCACACCAUCUUGAUAAACAGCAGCAAGCCAGGAUGGCCGGCGGCGGCCAGAACGGGCUGAUGGUCUUCAACAACAGCACCCAGCCCCACUGGCAAGCGGCCGAUAACCUCAGCCAGCGGUACCGGCCCCCCACCUCGGCGGAGCAGGGGCAGGAGCAGCAAGACUCGGCCGCCGAGACCAUCGACUUCGUCAGCUCCACCAUCCCCCUCACUCACUCCAUCCAUGCCCCCAAACCCACCGCCGCCUCUUCCUCCUCCAUCGGCCACACGCACCCCAACUUCUUCCAUGCCCCACCAGAGAGCCGAUCGGAUAGUCGGCUGAGCGCGGGGACGGUGACCAGCUUUAACCACCAUCCCAACCCUCGCCAUCAUCACCACCCUUCUUCCUCGUCAUAUCCUGCACCCGGCGCCCUCGCGUCCAAACUCGUUAUCCCUAACUCCCCCUUCAAUCCGCUUGACCAUCAGGGCAUGGAGGGGGGAAGUAUUCGAGACAGGUCCGUCAGUCCAACGCCUAGUCGCACCUCCGUCCUUAGUCGAGUCACCGUCACUAUGGACCAGGAUGGGUGGUGGUCUAGCCAGGACUACUAG